AUGCAUUCAUUUACUUGUGGACUUGAAGAAAUGAAACGUGCAGUUUCUUUAGGGUUAUAUCUUGGAGUAAAUGGUUGUUCUUUAAAAACGCAAGAAAAUCUUGAUGUUGUAAAACAAGUUCCUGAAGAUCGAUUAAUGAUAGAAACAGACUCUCCAUGGUGUGAUAUACGUUCUACUCAUGCAUCAUAUUCACAUUUAAUUAAAAAUCUUGAAAAAUCGUCGAUACCAACUUCUUACAAAAAAGAAAGAUUUCAAGAGGGAUAUAUGGUUAAAGGAAGAAACGAACCAUGUUCUAUAGUACAAGUAUUGCAUGUAUUGGCUUCAAUCCGUAAUGCCGAUCCUGAACUAUUAGCUGAAAAAAUAUACGAAAACACCACAAGGAAUUGGUAUAAUACUAUCAUUGGUUUAAAAGCAUUAAAGGCAUUGAAUAUACCUCAAGAAUUGGAUCCAGAUUUUACACAAGUGGAAAUCGAACAAAAUUUUAGAACAUUGAGAUCAAAGCUCAAUUCUCCUAUGACAAUUGCAGAUGAAAAUCUUUAUGAUGCUCUUAGGAGUGAAAUAGUGGUUAACUUAAUUGAUAUUCAUAAAUUUAGAGAAGUAUGGAAUAAUCAGGCUUUUGAGACAAGCAUGACCUGUAGUAUGCAAAGUGAAGGGACUUAUAUCACAGAUGUGAUCAUACCUUUACUUUGA